AAUCACAAACAGCAUGAGUGAGCUAGAAAAUGAUUUAAAGGUGGCGGAUGAGUUGCAUGAAAAUGGAGAAGCACAGAAAGUGUAUGACAUGCUGAUCAAAUACAAAGACUUGCAAAAUGCAGAAGUUGAGUGGCGAUUGGCAAGAGCCUGCAGAAUAUUAGCCAUGACUGAUUCAGAAAAGAAAAAAGCAUUUACAUAUGAAGCUCAUGAACAUGCUAAGUUGGCCUUGAGCUUGGAUGACAAAAAUGCUGCCUGUCACAAGGUAAAUUGUAUAUAAUGCAUUAUAUAUUGGGGAGCAAGGGAUGGUGCAGUGGUGAGAGUGCUCUCCUCUCACCAUAAGGCCCGGGUUCAAAUCCCGGCGUCAACGCCAUAUGUGGGUUUAGUUUGUUUUUGGUUCUCUCCUUUGCUCCGAGAGGUUUUCUCCGGGUACUCGGGUUUUCCCCUCUCCUUAAAAACCAACAUUUCUAAAUUCCAAUUCGACCAGGAAUCAGGUAGACGAAGAACCACUUUGUGGAUGUGCUACCUCCAAAUCAUCAUUUAUAUUUAUUAUUUAUUUAUUUAUUGACCAACCAUGAGGUCAAGAUUGCUGGAUAUUGGCCCCGAGGGUGGUGCGGGAGCACCCAUAUAUAACUGACGGGGAUGCUCGUUGUCUCACUUAGGGGGUGUAAAUUGCAGAUUUUUGUCUCACUUAGGGUGUUUGGAUGGAAAGUCACUAUAUUUGCCCUUCCAGGUAUCGCUUGGGGCUGCGCAUAAAGACACACAAAAAAUGCCUUGAUACUGGCCACACAGAAAUCUCUUUUAGGAGUCACUUUAAGUUUGAGCCACAACCACAUUGCUCUCCCUUAGGGCCAAGUUCUUUUUUCCAUUUUAUUGACUGAGAUAAAGUGGAGAUCAAUAAAAACAGAAAGAAGAACGAGGCUGAUAUUCAGUAGCCUGCAGUGCAGGCGUAUUUUGGGUGGGAGAAACCUUGUACAUGUUUGUAUUGUUGUAGCCACCAUCUUUGAUUUUAUGACAGUGGAAGAAUGUGGAGAAUAGAAAUGGCGCUUUCGCGAGCAAAAACAUUUGUGCGCCCGAUGAAAACGCCUGCACUGAAGGCUUAAUAUUCAGCCAUCUUGGUCAAUAAAGGAUGUAUUAUAUGGCCAAAAAGAGAACUUUUCUUUCAGGACCAAUGCAAAAAAUCCCAAACAGGCAGGAUGGACCCACCUUGCCUUCUGGGGUAGCCAAUCAGAAUAUUUGCAGCUUAUUAAAUAAUUAAUAUUGUAUUAUUAUUGAUUAAAAUUCGAUCACUUCCUCUUUGGGGGUGUCACCAAAACCUGGAUCAGAUCAGGGUGGAUCAAGCACUGUACCUCACUAUAUGCCAAACUGUUAUAUUAGCACUUACCAGUAAUAUCCUCUGAACAACCCAGGGGCCUGUUUUGCAAAAGUCCUGAUGAUUAAUGGGCCAGGAAGUCUGUUGUUAUUUUACACAAGGCAGCAGUUUCGAUCGUUUUGCGGAUAACAUUAUAAACUAUCAGUAAACAAAACAAAAUGGACCAGUUUGUCUCCUAAGACUCGCUCUUUUAAUCUUUAGACUAUGAUUUAAAUGUUUGAUUUUGGACCCAAAAAGUUGCCUGGACUACCGUAAUUCGAGAAAAGGGCCCCAGACCUUGAGCCCUGAGAACCCCUCUUCUGGUCUGAAAAUAAUAUUAGAAGGACAAUGCAUUAAACACUAAAUCACCAUACAUCCAUUUGUCCUGUUUUCAUUUACAGUGGUUUGGCAUUUCAAUCUCACUCGUUGGUGACGUUGAAGGAGUAAAGUAUAAAUUAGCGAAUGCAAUCACCAUCAAGGAACAUUUUGAGGUGGGAUUUCUGUAUUCAUUAACUUUUAAAAAAAGCCCUUAUAUUAUCAGUGGUGGACAGAAAGGCCAAUUUUUGACACUGGAAAAAAUAGCUUAAUAUAGGAGAGGAACAGUUUGACAAGUGCUUAGUAUUUUGGCAUUUAAUUUGUAGGCCAGUAGGUUUUGUGCAGGCCAUGCCAAUGCUUUCUCCUUUGACAAGCAAGUAAUAAUAUUACUUAUUAGUGCAGCUAAUCCAGUCAGGUUUGCACUUGACUUUAUGGGACAAAGUUCUUGCUUGUUACUCUUAUUUACAGGAUUACCCUCACAGUAUCAGGUGUAAUAGUGGGGUAAAAAAAGGACAGAAACAGUAUAGAAAACAACAGUAACAACAAUGACAUUUUAAGGAAACUGUUUGAACAUUUGGCGCAACCACAAUUUUUUGCCAUUUUCAGGAACAUCAGCCUCAUUAUACUAAAAGAUUGGGUUGCGGAAUCUAGACGAGAUGGGCAAGUGCCUCUUCUUGCCUACUGUUACCUGCUAGAAACAUUCAUUUGAACAAACUGAGAAAAUAGGAGAACAGUUUCUUCUCCAAAAAAUUAGUGUGUUGAAUAAAGUUGCUUCUUUUGCAAUGGAGACGUUAUCACUCAGGCAAAACAUCCCCAGGGCCAAGAAACGAUGUAAGGCAGUUGUAUUCACAGGCUACCAAUAAAUAAGCUUUAGUAACAAAACCCCUUAAAUUGUCCAUGUGUAUACAGAUUGUAUUAGUUUAAAGGUUAUUUGUCUGACAAAGAUGAGCACUCGGGCCUUAGAAGCAAUAUGGUACUUAAUAUGUUUUUAAUUACGUUUUGACAGAAAGCAGCAGAAUUGGAUCCAAAAGAUCCCAGCUGCCGGCAUUUACUUGGUAUCUGGUAAGUAUCAUCAUUUGUUAAGUCAUAGCCAUAUGUAUGUAGCAGAGUUUUUCAUAAUAUUUAUAUUUUAUAACAUUCAGGUGCUUUAACUUUGCUGACAUGGAUUGGUUCACAAGAAACCUUGCAAAGUCAAUCUUUGGGUCGCCACCAACAUGUACAUAUCAAGAGGUAAAGAGCUUAAACCAAUUUAAGAAUAUUUUAUAAGAAUUUUGCUUUUGAUAGUUGAUCUGUUUCAGUUUUUGUGAUCUAAACAGUUUUCUGCUUUUGUUUUGUCUUUCUUUACUGAACAUUCGGUUUUCAUUUUUUUACAAUUAAGAGAGUGGUUUCUUGGUUUUGCAAUUAUUUGUUUCUCUGUGUUUCCAGGCUUUGAAAUGGUUCAUUCAUGGAAAGCUACAAUGUUCGAACAGUUUCAAAGGCAUUCAUAAGUUCUUUUGAAAAAUACGUUGAGAUUUAUGAAUAUCAAGGGCACCCAACAACUGUUUUCUGUAAAUUAUCUUUCUGGAGAAGAAAAUAUCACCCAGGAUUUUCUAUUACUCGAGGAGGGCUAAAAAUUGCUAGAUGACUGUUCAAUUCAUGUGCAAUUUUCAAAGGUUAUCUAAUAAAUUUCCUACAAUUUUCUGAGGUUUGAUUUUUCACAUUUCACACCCCAGGCUAGGCUAUUUUUCAUAGGAAAAAGGAAACCUAAAAUUUUGAGAUUCAAAAAUGUGAUGGAGAGAGGAAUAUAAAUUUUUUUCGUUUCGUAAUAAGUUAAAUUGCAUCUAACAUUUUAGGAAAUAAUACUGAAGCCCUUGUAAUCAGUUUCGAAAAGCCUCAAUUUCCCGUGACCAAACAGAUACAACUUCUAUAGCACUGCUAAGUAUGCAUUUCUAGAGGUCUAAAAAUAGUCUGGUUAGUGUAAAAAGUGUUUUCAGUGAAACUGGGGGGAAACUGUUGUUGGGUGCCCCACGAAUAUGCCCGUUUUGAUCCUUUUUUUUUUCUUGUUAGUAUUCAUUGGUUUUCAAUGUAGCUUUGUGUUGGUGGUCAAUUUUAUAGGCCAUGGUUUUCCUGUCUUAGAGGGGUGUUUUAUAAUAAUUUUAUCAUUAAAAACAAAACAAAAGAAAAACACUCGGAUGAGAACUUUGUAAAAUAAGCGAAAAAACUUGUUAAGUCACACAAAUGAGCCAAUCAAUUUUACUUUUUGGGAUUACAGUAUCAGUUAGUGCUUUUCAAAACUACAAAAGACCUUUGUUUGGGCACAAGAGCUAUUUUAUGUAAAACCUAUUUAUAUAAAUCCGCCUGAUGCUUUCCUUUUUUUGAAGCGUCCACUCUUUUACCUUUGAUAAUGAAGAAAAAUAAAUUCUUUCUAUUGUAGGUAAUUAACAGGUGUUGUCAGUUUCAAGGAAGUAAUGGUCACGUAAUGGUACACUGAAAGAACUGAAAAUGUUUGCUGUAUUUAACUCUGGUCCAUCUGACUGCCUAUUUUUUUUCUCCCUUUAUCAGGCGUUAGAAUGUUUUCAGAGAGCUGAAGAGUGUAAGUAUGGAGAUAGUUGGCUGUUUUCUUUUCCCAUGGGGUGUCAGUAAAACGGAGGGCCAGGGCCAGGGCCAGGGCCAGGGCCACGGUCGGGGAUCUAUCUUUUUUUAAAGAAUGCUGUUUUAGGGUUAGGGUUACAAUAACGGGUCAGGUGAGGGUCAGGUUACAGUCAGGGUUAGUGUCAACCCUAACUCUAACCUUAACCCUAACCCUAAAACAGCAUUCUUUAAAAAAAAAUUAUUGAACCAAACCCCGAUUCCGCUCUUUACUAACACUAAUGGACACUAAACUAUUUCCUCAUAAGAGGGUGGGACUGAGGAAACACGCUGGAUCACUAUUUUUGGAAUUCAGUUUAUGGGAAAUCAGGUUUUAGGUUUUUAAAAAGAUUAGAAAUAUCGUGACAGCGCCUUUAAGUAAGUGUUCAACUUAAAACCUGAAACUUGGUGCUGAAACAGAUCAAAAGAGAUCAAAAGAAAGCAAACAUAUUUUACCAGUCCCUUGGCCCUUCCUUAUGUCAUAGAUCCAUUGUAUAGCUUACGUUUACAACAACUCUUGUUUAAAAAACUAAGUUGUCGUUCAUUUUUUUCGGAUUCUUGUUUGUCAAAAAUUACCCAGACCAUUUCAGUUUCAAUCAGUUCCUUUCUAUUUUCGCGCACUGUAAAGUCCUCUUUUUGUCUUGGUCUGUUCGAACAGAUUCUUUUAAAAACUUCUUGCCUAGAGUUUAUCUUUCAAAUGUAAUGUCAUAGUUACGAGUAUAAACGAUAGGUUCAUGUGCUGGGGAUAUCAAACAGCGUUUGCAAUAUGAGGUGCAGUGUUUCACGUCCACUCAUACUCUGGGUGCCUUGUGGGACUGGGCUCCCGGCGUGAGACACGCCCGAUGGGAGAAGGUGUAGCCCCAGAAAAAGGGCCACAUUUCGCGACACCACCGCUCGUUUCCCAGCGAAAUGACGCCUGAGAAAUAAGCACGGAAAUUCCAUGUUGAUGACGCGUCACUACCCAGAUCCAGGUACUGCCUCUGAUUGGCUGAAGCAAAUUUUCCACGCGGUAUGACCAAUCAGAAACACUACCCAGAUCUGGGUAGUGAUACGUCAUCAGUAUGGAAUUUCUGCGCUCGUUUCUCAGACGUCAUUUCGUGGGGAAAUCCAGUGGUGGCGUCGGCAAAUGUCGGCUGUUUUCUCAGGCUAGUGAAGGUGCAGAAAAACAAUAGUGUGUGAACAGGCGUUAUUUUUCCGUGCUUUCCCCAACACUCCACGUCCGCUUCGUGCUUGCCUUUUAAAAGAUCAUCAAAAGCAACGCUACUUGAUAUCCUUCAGACUGAAGACUCCUAUAUUGACGUAGACACGCUUAUUAUGAAAAUGAAAAAGUAAUUCUCUAGUCCUGUAUUUUUUACAACUCACUCCAGUAUUUUUUCCUUGUAUUUAAGUAGAAUAGUAUUUAUUUAUUGUAACAUAUAUACUUAUAUAACGUCUAAUAUUUUUGUAUUUAUUCAGUUUAUUGUAAUGUAAUUAUGUAGCCUGGCCUACCAUAUAUUGCCUCGCUAACUGCAGGCCAGUCCCAGUGUAUUUUGUAAUUUAGUGACGAAUUUAAAUAAAUGUUGGUAAAGUUGGCUGAAAAACGCGAAAAAAUAGUGCCAGUUCUGCAGGCGAAAAAUACUGGAGACAUAAUGAUUAUGUUUUUUUUGUAUUCACUAGUGGAACCAAACUUCUAUAAUAAAAAUCAUCUGAUGCUCGGAAAAGUAUUUCUCAGAAUGAAAAAAAAGGACGAAGCAAAGAAAUGGCUGGAAAAAGCUGACAGCAGUAAUGGCGAGACAGAGGAUGAUAAGUUGGUAGGUGCCAUAAAUUUCUUCGCGUCUGAUCUUUCCCUCCUGUUCCUUUGUAUUUAAAAAUAAUGGUCCUCUCUUAAGCAUUAUUCUCUCUUUUCUUUGAUGAAUCUCAUGUAAUUAUUUGGGCGUUGCCCAAAUAGAGUUUUCGAGAUCGCUCGUUUUGAUUCAACGUUGCAAGAGACACUGCGAACGUAAACAGGCCAAGUAAAAAAACCAAGCAACUUGAAUGUCUUCCACGCAAACGACUCGCACAAAGUAAAAAAACAUGCCGGAAAGAUAGCUCCUAGCAGGGUACUUGAUCUCACUUUUACGAUCUCAAAAACCUUGGAAUAAAGAAACACAAUUUCCAACGAAGAAGUUAAAAGCGAUGAACAUGUUAAAGCAACGCAGGGAUAAUUUUCAGGUUGGAGGAAAAGAUAAACUCAAUCUGAAGCUUACGGUAUUUUUUUACCUCACCCAAAAGCCGGACGUUUUUUUCAGAAAUGCGGAAGUAUUAAAUGCGGGAAUUAAAUGUGUCAAAAAUAACUGGAAUUUAAAACGGAUUUGGAUCACACCCAAGAGUGUGCACGAUUUUCAUGCUGUAAGAUGUUUGCGUUCGUGAGGAAUGAGAUUUCAAAUAUCAUAUUACAGGAAAGGUUCUCUGUUUUGACUUACGAUACUUCGUUUAGCCCGGUUAAUAAUUUUUUUUACCCUUUCUAUUCAUUCGUAAUUGCUUUGCGUGUUGUUUGAGUGUUAGUAGUAAUGAAUAUUUUUGAAUCGUCGGUAGAACUAAACAUUGAAAACCACACUGUGGGAUUGACGGGUCUGGCUUAUAUACUAGCCAUGAGUUUGACAGUAUUUUUGGCCUCAGUUGUCGAGAGCCAAAGAAGAUGUCACGCAAAAUUCCGUGAUCGUGCGUGAGAUAAAAACGGGAUUGUUUCAAUGAGGAGAAUGGCAUGCAGUGAGUGGCUACGUGUGAAGUAUUUCGGCAGUUUGACAAUUUUAUCGGAGCUAAUUGAUGUUAGCCUAUUAAUCUUAACAUUGAGUGAUGCAUAAUUUCAUGCAAUGCAGAUGUUCGGAAAGGCGGCGAUUUCUUAAAAUCUUAUUGAGCAAAAUGAUCUCGUAAACAAGUUGCGUUUUUUCACGUUUGAACCGUAAAAGGGGCAAAGUCCAACAUCUUUACGUGCAAAGUGCGUGCGUGACAGUUAUUUUUAAAACCCUUAGGUAAAAUAGAUUAAGUCGUAUUUUCUCGUACCCGAACCACGGAAGCGGCAAAUUCCAAAGUUUUUACAUGCAAACUGCGUGACAAUACAACUCACAGUAAGGCCUGAUUACAUGAGCUGGGCUGGACUGGUUUGUCGGGCUGGCUAGCUCUGCCGAGGUGACCUUUAUCCUGGUAUUACAUCCGGGCCAGCUCAGAGCUGCCAUUUUUAUAUAGAGAUUGGAAGCAGUGCACAUGAGCAGUGUGUUACCCUAUGUCCUGUUUCUCGUUUGGUUCAUUCGCCGGGCUGCCGCCCAGCAAGCGUAUUUCCAUACAUCCCUUCUCCAUAUUAAAUGAAUUUCCCUUAUCCACGUUCUCUCCAUACAACUAUUAUCAAAAAUAGCCGAAAGACAAUCUAAAACAGAAAGCCUAACAACAUUUAAAAUAAGUACAAGACCAUUGAUAAAAUGCCUUUCACAACCACCACUUCAUUUCAGCAGACUGUAACUACACUAUCCCUUCAUAACCAAAUUAGCACUCCCACAACUACCUCACUGGAACACCUAAAAUAACUUUUACCUUCCAAAUAAUUAUUUUUGUUACUUUAUAACAAAUUCCACGAGAAACCAGUUUCACUGAUUGACAAACUACAGCCAUUAUCUUACCAAUCCACGUCCAAUAUAACUCCACGCCUUCCAUUUCUCAACCACUUUUCACUUCUCAACCAACACCUAAAAUAUACAACGCUACAGCACUACUCUAAUAGGAAUGAAAAAAAUUCACGUACGCGUAGUGCAACGACACCCAAAUAAUUAACUUUAAGAUGCUCUUAAAAUAUUUUUCUUUCGCAAAAACACCCUCUUGCAUUUUUUUUUCUAUCCUUAGGUGAGGAAAGAGGCAAAAGAGCUGUUGAGGAAGCAUUUUUAAAGGCAAAUUGCUUACCUCUUAGUGACAUAAGUGGACACUUUAGUCUGGUGCAUUCCAGUCCGCUUAUGGGAUGUUCGAAUUUUGAAUCUGUCACGUCUUUUCACAAAUCCC